CAAACACGAACAAAUAAACAAACAAACCCUCAUUUUCUCUUCAAAUUCCAAUUCAAACUAAAUGGCUUCUUCUCACUCUGGCGAGAUCCAUCUCUUUGUGGGUCCCAUGUUCGCCGGCAAAACUACCUCCCUUCUUCGCCGUAUCAAGUCCGAGGUCGAUAACGGCAGGAAUGUGGCGAUGUUAAAAUCGAGCAAGGAUAAUAGAUAUGCAAUUGACUCUGUUGUGUCGCAUGAUGGUGUUAAAUUCCCUUGUUGGGCUUUGCCGGAUUUGAUGUCGUUCAAAGAUAAAUAUGGCCAUGAAGCUUAUCAGAAGUUGGAUGUAAUUGGUAUAGAUGAGGCUCAGUUUUUUGAGGACUUAUAUGAAUUUUGCUGCAAGGCUGCUGAUGAAGACGGUAAAAUUGUCGUUGUUGCAGGCUUGGAUGGUGAUUACUUAAGGAGAAGCUUUGGCUCGGUGCUUCACAUAAUACCAAUAGCUGAUACUGUCACUAAGUUGACAGCUCGUUGUGAAAUGUGCGGUAAACGUGCCUUCUUUACUUUGAGGAAGACAGAAGAGAAACAAACUGAGCUAAUUGGUGGGGCUGAUUUGUACAUGCCGGUAUGCCGCCAUCACUAUGUGAAUGGUCAAGUUGUUGCGGAAGCUACCAAGAGUGUCUUGGAAUCUCAAACAGUUAAGAUUGUCUUGGAAUCUCAAAACAUUUAAAAGUGGUUCUCUUCUCGAGGAAGCUGCAGGUGUUUAAUAGUAGUAAUUUAGAGGAACUGGUUUGGUUUAAAUGUGUCCUUAACAUAUGACUUGAUUCUGAUGUGUGAUUCAACAAGUUUGUCCAACAAGCCAUGUUGAAUUCUAUCUCACAUGAUCUAUUUGUUUUAUCAAUACUCUUCUAAUUAUGUAUGUGUGAUAUAUAGUGGAGUUUCUCAGAGCUUUUUUUUUUUUUUUUUCCAGUCAUAUUAUAUAUUUUACUUAUAUCAAUAAAGAGUUCCUUGUUCACAAGUUAUGACAAAAGCUUUUAGUCCAUGUG